CUCGAUGGUUCCUUCAAGCUUGCAGUUGUAGAAUUACUCUGUGCCAUAUCAGACAGAGGAAGAUGGUUGUUUAGCGCGCGGUCGUGCUACGGAAGUCGACUAAUGAAAACAACCGCGCGGGUGGGGCUGACGGGAAGAGUGGAGUGGAAAAAUGGCGUCUCCUAAAACUAUACCCAAAGAUGCACAGGUUAUGAUUCAGAUUUUGAAAGACAUGGGCAUUACAGAGUACGAGCCUAGAGUAAUCAAUCAGAUGCUGGAAUUCACGUACAGAUAUGUAACAACUAUCAUAGAUGAUGCCAAAAUCUACGCGACGCAUGCCAAGAAAUCUACUGUUGACGCCGAUGAUAUAAGACUAGCAAUCCAGUGUCGAAUGGACCAGUCUUUCACCUCCCCUCCUCCACGAGAUUUCCUUCUUGAGGUUGCUCGGCAGAAGAACCAGACCCCUCUUCCUCUCAUUAAGCCUUACACGGGUCCACGGCUCCCUCCUGAUCGCUACUGCUUAACCGCACCCAACUAUAGACUCAAGUCCCUACAGAAGAAGGUGACUUCUUCAGCAGGUAGAAUCACAGUGCCACGGUUGAGUGUUGGAGCAGUGUCUAGCAGGCCGAGCACACCUACUCUCGGCACCCCCUCUGUUCAGACGGUGGCCUCCAAACUGGGGACGCCGGUAUCAUUAACUGGUCAGCGUUUCACUGUUCAGAUCCCCUCCUCACAGGCUUCAUCUGUGAAGUCAGUUACCCCAUCCACACCAACAGUCCAGAAUGUCCUCAUCAACCCUUCAAUCAUUGGCUCCAAGAACAUCCUUAUCACAACGAACAUGGUGUCCCAGAAUUCAGCAGCAGACUCGGGCUCCCUGAAGAGGAAGCAUGAAGAUGAAGACGACUAUGACACCCUUUGAUCUUGUAAAUAGUGAGGUUUUGGAAAAGUGUUCUGGAAGCGGAACAAGUUUUGUACAUGGUUUCUUCUUAAAAGAUGGACAUCUUUAGUCCUGGAAAUGUUAAGAAAAAGACGCUUGAAACAGAUAUGUCUUGUUUAUCAGGAGUGGUUGUGAACCCAUUAUUUAGACCCAACUUCUUCUUUUUUUAUAUAAAUAAAUACAUUUUGGGGGGAAAAACCAUA